AUGGAAGCUUCUAACGAAGGACGAUCUGAUGGAGAACAUACCACGGAGAACAGCUUUGCGAGAUCUCUCCGCCGCCUCGAUACAAGCGGCGAUGAAGAAGAAAGAGAUUUAUUUGGCAUUUUUGCCAAAAGCAAUCUGAAGAAGAUGAUGAAAAGCGAGAGUUUCAAGCACACGAUGUUUGGCAAUUGGGACGGUUUUACAGUGGGUCAUAUUCGCACAAAACUAAAAGAUAAGUACCCGGAACUCCUCUUGGACUACCUGAACGUCUACAAGAAGGGCGGCGAUGAGGUCGUUCGACACGCUAAAAAUCCGAACAAGGUCAAGUUUGCGAACAAACCUACGAUUCGAUUCGAGUCCUAA